GGUUAUAUGUGACGUAGUACAUGGUCACGGCUUGAAAAGGCGUGGAAGAGCUGACAAACACUAGCCUACAGGACAGAAGAAGAGCGGAAAAGAAAACAUUCUCAACGUGGGAUUAUUCGUGACAACUUUAGGAUAUCCGAUUUGGUCCGCAAAUAGUUCUGAGCGAUAACAGAAGUUCCCCAGAAUUACUUUGAAAAUCGGAAUCAAGAACUCGGUAGUUGAAUUAAGAAAGCCUUCGUACUCAUGGAAAGCAAAAGUAGUGCGGGACAUGCGGGUGGGGUGCAGUGAAGUUACCAAUCGGAGUUUAAAGACGAGACGACGAAACAAAACUGGUUUUUAAAAGUUGGCUGGCAAAAUUGACGUCGCUGGGUUUCAUUUUGUAAAGAAGAAAUUGGUGUAACGAUUAACAAGACAUGAAUUGCCUACGUAUUCACGGAAAUGUAACUAUCUGACGAUGAGAACUGACGUGAACACUUUGAGCGCUCACAUUGAUGGGACAUGCGGUCUGCCUUGAAGUUUACCAAAAUGACAGAGCAGAAGUAUGCGGCCUGACGACAUAGCUAGCAGACAAGCGAGCUAGGAACCAGGAAUACGCUUUUGAGAAUCGAGACUCGAAACACUGACUUGUUGGAAUACGCAGUAUAAACUGCCUACUUACAAUAUAAGUCUAUUCCAUCGGAAGGAUUUACUCUAAAUAACAUUUUACUUUUAAAAAGUUUAAUUUUUAUUUGAACAUUCUUCAUUUGAACAACCGAAAGAGCAUGUAACUUUGCUACAGUGGCUGGCUUGCUAAGUUUUGUGAAAAUAACCCGACUACAGAUGUUGUCAGCUCUCAUGAGACGAUGGCUCAACAGGCCCAAGCGGUCCGACACCCGGCCGCUUGCUCGCUUCUUCUUUGCGGACGAGGAGGUGACCCGCGUGACGAUGGAGCUCAACGCGGUCGACCUGCGCAAGGACCCGCAGAAGUACCUGGUGCUGCUGAACCGACUACGAGUCAGCCAGGAUCAGAUGCUGCGCUCUAUCGAGCUGGUGAUGGAGGACUGCAUCCCAGCACAGCGGCAGAGCCGGGAUUACCACGUCAAGUUUCCCGACGAGAUUCUGCAUGAGAACCUGGGCGUGCAGCUGUGGUUUGCUGCAGAGUGCCUCUCGGCAGGCUCCUUCCUGGAGGUGCGGGAGGCGGAGGGGCAGCGCUUGCGCCCCCUAGCAGAGCAGGUGUUGCUGUGCCUGGAGGAGUCCAGGAUGUACCUGAGGGAGCAGAGCCUGUGCGAUGGCCACACCUACUCUCCGUCCUUGCGCGAAGCCCUCCUGCGCUACGACUCCGCUUUCUCGCAGUUUGAGCUCCGCUACGUUUCCACGGUGAUCCCAGUGAAGUCGGCUGAGGAGCUCCAGAGACAGCAGGAGAUUGUGGUGCUCUUCUGCGAGACCGUUGACAGAGCACUCAAACUGGGCUACCUAAAGCAGGAGCUCAUCGAUGGCUACGAGCCCCUCGUCAUGUUCACCAUUCCCCGGCUGGCCAUAAUCUGUGGUCUGCUGAUCUUCCCUGACGGGCCCCUGAACCUGCAGCAUGGCUCCCAGGGCAUGUCCAGCCUCUUCAGCCCCUUCUACACCCUGCUAGUGAAAAUAAGGGACUUGCUGCGUAUCCUGACGAAGGAGGAGCUUUUUGUGCUGGAGAAAAGCCUGUGUGCGGCAGAGUCCAGCGGCCUGCUCUGCUCAGCGCCCCCUGCUGGUCAUUUUCCUACUGACUGUGAGCCAAUGAGGGCAGUGGACUGUGGAGGGUCUCGGCGGAGGCUGUUCCGAAACUCACACGCCUUCCCGCCCUCCCUCCGCCCCACCAGACCCUCGGAGAGCGACCCACGGCCCCACAGCGUCACCUUAGACGAUGAUCGCAUGGUGAUCCACACACCCCCACCGCCUAGCGCCGUGAUUUCCCCUGACGUUCAAAGCGCGGGCCCCUCCUCUGCUCCCCACAUGCAGUCCCCUUUGACCCCGGAACCGGCCUUGCCAACAACCCCGCCCUCUGCCACUGGCUCAACCCCGUCCCCUCAGACGAGCUGUCUGAGCAGUCCCCACCCUGGGGAGCAGACUCCGAACACUGUCGGGCUCCCCGGCCCAGUCACGGAGCGGUUCUAUUACUACCGCGGUCCUGCGGAGCCCAGAGUGAGCAGCAGCACCGAGCAGACCAGGAGAACCAACCGCCGGCAGAGCUGGCACUGCGGCCAGCUACCCCCCAGCAUGGACACCAGGAGGCUGGGCAUCAGGCACGCUGCGGGGCACACCAGCAGCAGGGACCUGCGGGCGCGCUACAGCAGCAGCAACGACAUGGUGCAUCGCCUCUUCGUCUGCAUCUCCGGGGUGGCUGACCAGCUUCAGACCAACUUUGCCAGUGAUAUGCGAGCAAUUCUGAAAAGCGUCUUUGAGCUCAUUGUCUCUAGAGAUGACUCUGAGGGAGAGGCCGUUGAAAAUAAGCUAAUGGGGGAAGAGAAGACCGUGCAGGAUGGCUCCAGCCGGCAGCAGGAAGGGUGUGAGCUGUGUGAGAAUCAGAGCAGAGUGGGUAACGUCACAGGGCCCCCGGCCUGGGUGCCAGACAGCGCCUGCAACCACUGCACGGCCUGCCACGCCCCGUUCACGCUGCUGCGUCGCCGACAUCACUGCCGGAGCUGUGGGAAGAUUUUCUGCUCCCGGUGCUCGUCCAACGAGGCCCCCCUCCCCCGCUUCGGCCAGCGGACGCCGGUGCGAGUGUGCAACCACUGCUUCAGCUUUCACAUCGUGGAUGAAACCGCACUGCUCUGACCUGCACCGGCACCAACCCGAGGCUUCUGGGAAAGUGUCCAUCGUGUCCGACACCAAUGGGCACAGUGUGCAUCGCCAGAAAGUGUACAGUGUAUGAUCGCAAUAUAUGCCAUAGCUCCCAAUCAUGAUGCUCCUUAGCAUCUCAUUUGGAUCUUUAAGAGGACCAGUUGUCACAAUGCUCAUGUUGGGAGCCCCCAAAUUGCUGUAUAAUUUGAACAUUUUGGUUGAUAUUAUCACUGCUUGCACAAGUUUGAUACUGAUGCCAUGUAAAAAAAUAUAUUAAAAUAAAAACUUUGUAACAUUCUUGCUAAUAGCUUCUGAGGCGAAUUGACCAUAGUCUAUAAACGGCUAACAUUUAUAUGCUUUUGUUUUGUCGGUAGGCCAACAGUAGCCUACACGGCAAUUUGCAAGUUGUGAAAAUAUUUAUCUUCUAUUUUUCAAGAAAAUUUGUCAAUCAUGGUGUUUUACAGGACUUGGCAGAUACUGUAAUUUUUUGUUUGUUUUUUGUAAUUAUGUACAUGUCUGUCACACCAAUUGGUGCUACACAUUCUGAAUCUAAUUUAUAGAGCAGUAGCCAAAAUGGAAUAAAAUAUGAAUGCUUGGUUCAGGUGUAUAAAACAA